AGAAGAAGAAGAAGAAGAAGAGCUGGCGGGCGGUAGGAUGUAAACAGGAAGAAGAAGAACUGGACCAAAACAUGAAAACAUCUCUGGUUCUGUUUAGAUUUUAUGUUUUUACGGGUUUAGAAAAAGGGAUGAAAGGAAUCCUGCUGGAAGUUGAUCAAUAAAACCGGAACCGGAAAAGGGUCCAAAUUCAAGUCCUGGUUCUGACCUUUGACCCUGGGCGGAGAUGGCAGGCCGUGGACGCGGCCGCCGGACUUUUGGUUUCAUGGCGGACUCGGUGGGGGUCAGCAGAGGAGACGCUUUAUCUGCGGCUGUGCAGCAGCCCACACCUGUGUUCCCUGUGAUGGAGCAGAAGCCCCUCCCCCUGACGGGGGGUGAGGAGGCAGAGUACCUGACGGCACUGAAGCAGGACUUCAGAGGAGCCAUGAGGAGCCUGCCGUGCUUCAUCCAGCCGCCCACUGUGCACAGAGAUGUGGAGCGAUACUCGGAUAAAUAUCACCUCAGCGAGCAGAAGGACGGCCUCAGUGACUGGAUCAUAGACUGGAAGAGAUUCCCCAAAGAGCUCUGGGUCCACAUCAGGAAGCCACCCAGAGACGGGGCGGAGCUUAGCUGCCAGGGAGGUGUGCAGUCUGGACAGAUGAAGAAGAAGAAGAAGAAGAAGGCUGGUGAGAAAGAGGAAGUGCUGCUCAAACUAGAGACGCUGGAGAAGAAGGAGGAGCAGGAGAGCUCCGAGGAGGAGGGCGAGGAAGAGAAGAAGAAGGAGCAGGAAGAGGAGGCUGAGGCUGAGGAGGAGUAUGACGAAGAGGAGUUUGAGGAGGAGACAGACUACAUCAUGUCGUACUUCGAUAACGGCGAGGACUUUGGAGGAGACAGCGACGACAACAUGGACGAGGCCAUCUACUAGAACGCUGCUGCUCCGCGGUUCUGGUUCUGGUUCUGGUUCUGGUUCGACCGGCGCUGGGUUUAGUUUUUAUCUGAGUGAUCUUAGUGUUUUGUAACAGGAAUGUUUUUAUUGUUUUCAGCUGUAAAAAAAUAAAAAUAAACAUGUUCUGAGGGGUUCUGACUCAGAAGAUGGA